AUGGUCAAACAAUGCUAUCUAUUGAUCACCUUAUUGGUGAUUGUCCAUAGUCUGAAUUAUGGAACGGUUCUGAUUCAAAAUGAAGGGGGAGGACAAAUUCAAUCAAAAGAAAUAAUCUUCUCAAAACCGUUCUAGCAGAUGCCUUAAGUUGCUAUAGCACUUCUUAAUGGUCGUGGAGACAUUUUUGCAGAAAUUCAUGAGGUUAAUCAAAGAAGGUACUCAAGUAUCUAUUUAAUAAAAGGAUUCACAUUACAGAUGAUGGCAUCCGAUGAGAUUGAGGCUGAAUUUGCCUAUUUAGCCAUAGAAAAUGAUGAGAACUAUCAAAUUGAAUGUUUCAAUCGUAUUGCUGUUGGAAAUGAGAUUCAAAUUCCUCUAAUCAUCUAGAGACCAACAUUUAUUGGUGUUCUAGCUACCAAUACACAUGCAAACAAUUUCAAUAUUGGUAAUUUAUUGAUGUAAUUUGGCAAAGAUCUACUUGAUGGCAAUCUCAUUGUUGAUAAUGAUGGAAAAUUGAAUAUGUGUAUAAUCAUCACAAAUGAGGAGCAACCCAUUAGAUCUGAUUGGUUAUGA